AUGGAUCCGAUAUCUUUGAAUUUAUUUCAAUCCGCUGUGAACAGCGACAAUCAAUUCAAUUUGCUAAAGGAAAAUGUCGUAAAUCCUUCCGAGAUCCAAUCAUCACAACCACAACCACAACCACAACCGCAAUCCCCGAGCGCCAAUCCGAAAAAGAGGAAACCAUCAGAUGGAAAUGGAGAAUCAACAAUUUCCGAGAAAAAGAAACGUUCUUCAAUCGCAUGUAUAAAUUGUAGGAGUCGAAAAGUACGGUGCGAUGUGGAGCGUAGUCAGCGCGUCAAUGACGGUGGACAAAAAGUAUGCAAUAAUUGCGUUAUUGAUGGAAUACAAUGUCUAGUACCUGGAAGUAAAAGGAGAAGAGCCAAACGAGAUAGUAUCGACCUCGUUCAACCAGCUUCCCAUCAAGUCCAUGCAGAGGGUUCACUUAGCACGCAACAUAUAUCAAACGAAGAUGAAUUGAGACGACUCACUGGAGCUAGCAUUGCAAUCUCACCUCAACACAUACCUUCACAUAUACCUCAACUUACAUCUCAACAUGUUCCUCUUUCAAUAUACCAGGGAGCCCUUGAUGGCAGAGAAAACACUGAUUUUAAUGGGCAUACCCUCGCACAACUUACACAUAGUGCUUCGUUGAUUGGUGAUCUGACUCGCACGAACUUAACGUCCUCUCCGCCUCCUUCGUUAAAACACUCGCUUCCGGCAUACAUCAACCCCCUUCCCUCAAAAAUGACAUCUGCCGAUAUCAAUUAUCUCUGGGCAAAAAGCGCAUUGAUUAUACCGGCACCUCCUCUACGAAACGCCUUGCUCCAAGCCUUUAUCGAAUACGUUUAUCCAUUUAUGCCGGUACUGGAAUUACACAAAGUUUUAAACAUAAUCAACGAUGAAGGGAAAUCUGGAUCAAUGAGUCUCUUGCUUUUCCAAUCUAUUAUGUUUUCUGGAACGGCUUUUGUGAAUAUGGAUAGCCUGAGGCGCGCUGGAUUUCAAACAAGGAAAGGAGCGAGAAAGGCGUACUUCCAAAAGGCCAGAGUACUCUAUGACUUGGACUACGAAACCGAUAUGCUUACUGUAGUGCAAUCUCUCCUUCUCAUGACAUACUGGUACGAGACACCGGAGGAUUACAAAGAUACAUGGCACUGGAUGGGUAGGGCAAUUGAUCAUGCAUAUACACUUGCGUUGCAUCGGGACCCAAAAUUUAUGGACGCUGUUGAUCACAAGUUGAGGAAACGAGUAUGGUGGUCAUGUUUUAUGAGAGAUCGACUCAUCGCAUUGGGUAUGAGACGUCCGACUAGGGUCAAAGAUGAAGAUUGUGACGUGCCAAUGUUGACUGAAGAUGAUUUCGAGAUCAAAGCACUUUCCCCGCGGAAUUCGAUCAUUUCUCCGGAAUGUUCUUUGAUCAGAGACGUUGGGGCGCAACGAGACUUGGCUCUUAUGUGUAUUUCAAAGGCACAAUUGUGUUUGUGUAUCAGCCAGGUCUUGAUGGCGCAAUAUUCCGUCCUUGCAAGACAGGGUAUGUCUACCGAAGUUGGAAGUACUACAUCGAGUAUUAUGUUAUUUCCUAAAAAAUCGGAAUCAUCAGACGAGGUCGAAGGAUGCGAUCGGGCACUCGAUAGCUGGAAGCAUAGUCUUCCACAAGCAUGUGUCUACUCGAACGAGUUGAAAAUCGGCAAUAGUGGGCGACCGUUAUUUGUAGCAUGUUCAUUGCUACAUAUGAUAUACUUUACUACAACAUCCGCCUUACACAGACCGCGAGUUUUACCUGUUAGUCCAAACCAUCAACAGCCAGAAACGAUUUUCGAACUUUCGCGUGAGGUAGUGACCAAAGCUGCUCUAGGGACUACGGAGAUCGUUCGUGAUAUGCACAAUCUUGAUCUGGAGAGAUACCUUCCCACGACGGGCGUCACAGCUCUACUUCCAGCUAUCAUUAUUCAUUUAUUGUUGGUCAGAUCUCAAAAUCCGAGUGAGAAGCGGUCUGCUAUAAAUGGAUUUUGUCUAUGCAUGACUGUUCUCGAAAGUUUACGGGACAACUAUGCGUCAGCAGAUUACGCGACUCAAUUCUUGGAGGCGGCUGUUCGAAAAGCAGGCAUGGAGAGUAUCAUAGGCGGUGCCAGAGUAGAGGCAAGACGUGAGGAUGCUGAGCGUAGAGCGGUUUUAGCAUAUGAGAAGAAACAGGCCCAGCUUGAACGUCCCCGAACUUAUAUGGCUGAGAGGAUUACACCACCAGUUGAUACUCAUUUACAUGGAUUUGAGUCUUUGGGGGCGCUCAUUGAUAACUCGACAGCGGUACACAAUGGGCGCUUGGCUCACUCACCUCCCGAUAGUGACGCUUUCCUUGGCGUAAUGGGUUCAGGACUACCCCCAGACCCAAACGAUAUGUCCGAGUUUUUCAACUUUAACGAAGGCGGUGAAUCGGCAGGAUAUUUUGAUGAUAUGGAUCUUUUUUCAAAAGAUCUCCCUGGAUUCGGUAGCAGGAUGCCUAGCCCUCAACCUGAAGAUAAUAUAUCGCUCUUUGAACAUUAUGAUAUGAGCCUGUAG